CAACUUGCCAAGCUGUUAUCCUGGGAACCCAACUAGCAUAUAUUCUAAGUUAUACUUAACUUUCUCUGUAACCUGUGAUUACUCUAAGUGCUAAUAACAAAUCUAUGUGUAUUUGUAUCAUGGCAGUUCCCAAAUUAGACCAAAUAAUGAAGGUGCAAAAAUAACACCCAGAGGUCUGCCUGAUCCAUAUGUUAAUCAGAAUGGAAUUUAUGUUACCCUCUUGCAACAUAACAUUCAGUGUAGCAACACUGCACACAGUGGCUCAGCCACACCUAAGCCAGAAGAUCCCCUUUUUUUUUUAACUAAAGAAAAAAGUAUAAGUAGGCAAUACAUGUUGCCAGAAUUGUGGCCUUCAUAACUCCAGUGUCAACGCAUCUUUGAUUCUUUGUAGGAAGCAUCCUGAAAGAGUGUGAGCAAGAUUUGUAUAGAUUAAGGAAUCAAACAAUCAGGGACAGAUGUAAGAGAAAAAUCUAUUGAGAGUCAGAGUGACUCUGUAUGCACUAACAUUAUUGCAGAGGUAAAGUUUGGAUCAGAGAGGAACUUGAAUAUUCAAGUUAAGCACUUCAAGCUUCCAGCAGUGUAACAUAAGAAGAAAAUAAUACAAGAAAAAUCAAAGGUGUUGAUAAGGUGGAUGAUAAUGGUAUAUGGAAUUGAAAGAGGGAGGGGAAAAAUAUAAACCUAGUAUCAAACAAUAUUAAGAGGUUACAAAAAGAAUGGAAGAGUUAGCAAUAGCAGUGUCACAGUCUGAGAGGAUAGACUAAAUGGACCUGCAGCAUGUUCAUAGAGUACAGGAAGAACUAUAGUCACAGUGAGCUGUCAGAAAGGAAGAAUGAGAAGUUAGCACAAUUACGUUUGUUUUUCCAUCCACAGGACUCUGGAAUCAACAAAAGCUUGCCCUCUUUGAUUUCUGUGGUCAGCAUGCAGGAAGCUGGAGAAUCAUAAACAGGUAACAGAAGUCUUUCCUAUUUGCACAGUCUGGCUGCUGCCUUCUUCAACUCACAGCUUUUGCAAGUUUUUUUUCAAAGCAUUCUUUCAAGAUGUCUACUGUCCAUGAAAUUUUAAGCAAGCUCAGCCUUGAAGGAGAUCAUUCUCUCCCACCAAGUGCAUAUGCCACAGUUAAGGCUUAUUCAAAUUUUGAUGCUGACCGGGAUGCUGCAGCCCUGGAAACAGCCAUCAAGACCAAAGGUGUGGAUGAGGUCACCAUUGUCAACAUCCUGACAAACCGCAGCAAUGAACAGAGGCAGGAUAUUGCUUUUGCCUAUCAGAGGAGAACCAAAAAGGAACUUUCUGCAGCACUCAAGUCUGCUCUGUCAGGUCAUUUAGAGACAGUGAUCUUGGGCUUGCUGAAGACACCAGCACAGUAUGAUGCCUCUGAAUUGAAAGCUGCCAUGAAGGGUCUGGGAACUGAUGAAGACACACUCAUUGAAAUCAUAUGCUCACGAACAAACCAGGAGCUUAGUGAAAUCAACAGAGUCUACAGGGAAAUGUACAAGACAGAACUGGAAAAGGACAUAAUUUCAGACACAUCCGGUGACUUCCGCAAGCUGAUGGUUGCCCUGGCCAAGGGCAAAAGGUGUGAAGAAAGCCCUGUGAUUGAUUAUGAGCUGAUUGACAUAGAUGCUAGGGAGCUCUAUGAUGCUGGUGUGAAAAGGAAGGGAACUGAUGUCCCCAAGUGGAUCAGCAUUAUGACUGAAAGAAGUGUCCCUCACCUGCAGAAAGUGUUUGACAGAUACAAGAGCUACAGCCCAUAUGAUAUGUUGGAGAGCAUCAAGAAGGAGGUUAAGGGAGAUUUGGAGAAUGCCUUCCUUAAUCUUGUCCAGUGCAUUCAGAACAAGCAGCUGUAUUUUGCGGACAGACUGUAUGAUUCCAUGAAGGGCAAGGGAACCCGUGACAAGGUUCUGAUCAGGAUUAUGGUCUCCCGCUGUGAGGUUGACAUGCUGAAAAUUAAGAGUGAAUUCAAGAGGAAAUAUGGGAAGUCUCUCUAUUAUUUCAUCCAGCAAGACACAAAAGGAGAUUACCAGAGGGCACUGCUGAACCUGUGUGGUGGAGAGGACUGAACUGUGAUGGAAGAACCCCAAAUCCAGAGAUGUGCCUUUUUUUUUUUUUGCUCUUCAAUUUACUGUAAUCCUAGAGAAAAUUGACUUCCCUAGCUAACCUUGACUUGCCUUUGUAUCUGCAAGGCCACUGCUGUAGUACGCUUUGUGGUGCUGUGUGGGUUUCCUCGGCAGCAACGCUCUGCUUGGCUCUGCCAAAGGCUCUAACAGUGCAAAGCCAGAGAAACUAACCCCUCCGGAGGUAAACCAGGUUAUCAGUGCUUGUGAAAGACUCUGCCUCUGUGCAAUGUUUCUAAUAAAACGUAAAUAAAACUGAAGUUUUACUUCGAGAA